UCAAGUUCUUUAAAUUUUGUCAGAGUUAUUGGCUUUUUUACUUUAGAAAAUCAGUAUUGCUUAGUUGUUUUUUGUUGAAUACUUACUAUAGCUUUGAAACUUAAUACAUUUUUUGUCAUCAUUUAAGAUGAGUAAGAAGGCCAAGAAUCUUCCUGUAUAUUUCCAGCACUUACAGACAAGCGAUGGCACCCACAGUGGGUGCACUUGUCAAGAUGAUAAUUAAUGGACUUUACUGUCAGAAGUAGCUCACACAAGAACACAGGAUUGCUCAAGCAGUUCAUCUUGCUGCAUGUAAUUUCAAGGGAAGUAAACAAAGAUAUCCCUCCUUACUCUACUCAUACCCAUGAAACCUCCAGAGAUAAGUGAUGAACCAGUCAGAAACCUCCAGAGAUAGGUGGUGAACCAAUCAGAAACCUCCAGAGAUAGGUGAUGAACCAGUCAGAAACCUCCAGAGAUAGGUGAUGAACCAGUCAGAAACCUCCAGAGAUAGGUGGUGAACCGGUCAGAAACCUCCAGAGAUAGGUGAUGAACCAAUCAGAAACCUCCAGAGAUAGGUGGUGUACCAGUCAGAAACCUGCAGUAAUAUGUGGUGAAUGGAUCAAAAACCUCCAGAGAUGGGUGAUGAACCAGUCAGAAACCUCCAGAGAUAGGUGGUAAACCAAUCGGAAACAUCUAGGAUCAGAAACUUCCAGAGAUAGGUGAUGAACCAGUCAGAAACCUCCAGAGAUAGGUGAUGAACCAGUCAGAAACACCAGAGAUAGGUGGUGAACCAAGCAGAAACCUCCAGAGAUAGGUGGUGAACCAAUCAUAAACCUCCAGAGAUAGGCGGUGAACCAGUCAGAAACCUCCAGAGAUAGGUAGUGAAUGGAUCAGAAACCUCCAGAGAUAGGUGAUGACCAGUCAGAAACCUCCAGAGAUAGAUAGUGAACCAAUCAGAAACCUCCAGAUAUAGGUGGCGAAUGGAUUAGAAACCACCAGUGAUAGGUGAUGAACCAGUCAGAAACCUCCAGAGAUAGGUGAUGAACCAAUCAUAAACCUCCAGAGAUAGGCAGUGAACCUGUCAGAAACUUCCAGAGAUAGGUAGUGAAUGGAUCAGAAACCUCCAGAGAUUGGUGAUGACCAGUCAGAAACCUCAAGAGAUAGGUAGUGAACCAAUCAGAAACCUCCAGAGAUAGGUGGUGACCAGUCACAAACCUCAAGAGAUAGGUAGUGAACCAAUCAGAAACCUCCAGAGAUAGGUGAUGACCAGUCAGAAACCUCCAGAGAUAGGAGUGAACCAACCAGAAACCUCCAGAGAUAGGUGGUGAAUAGAUUAGAAACCUCCAGAGAUAGGUGAUGAACCAGUCAGAAACCUCCAGAGAUAGGUGAUGAACCAGUCAGAAACCUCCAGGGAUAGGUGAUGAACCAGUCAGAAACCUCCAGAGAUAGGUGAUGUACCAGACAGAAACCUCCAGAGAUAGGUGGUGGACUGAUCAGAAAAAAGUGUAAAAUUUGGAGCUAUGCCAGUUUUGUAUAACAAUGAUGUUCCAAGUCAUAUAUUCUAAUGAAGAACCUGAAGAAAUGCUGAUGCUGAAACUGGUAGCUUAAGACGUUGAGUUAAAUACAGUAGAUGUCUCCCAUGUUCUAAGAGCUUGCAGUCAGUCUUUAAAUGUGGCAAUAGUAAGAUCUCAGGUGGCAGAAGAUGUCUUCCUGCAGAUUUUUGAACAACGACAUUGGCAAGAUCCAAAGUGGCUUGUUUGUCUGAAUCACUGAGGGAGAUUGUGGUGAAAGUAGUCAAGCGAGAGAUGAAAUGGAUACCUGUAAAGGUGUUCGAGACAUUUUUGACACUUCAACACAGAUUUAUCGAUGAAUUAUGAAUUACCAAAUUUGAGUCAUUAAUUGAAGAUUUCCUCUCUAGGUCCUUGAGAAAGAUGAUAUUGGAGUUUGCAUAAAUGGGACAGUAAAAUGAUAGGGGUUUGAAUCAUCAAAGCUACAAUGGACGAAAUAAUGAGAGGAAUAGGGUUGACCAUUGAAUGAGGAGAAACAUUAUGCUAACAAGAUGGCACUACCCAGUAUUAGUCCUUAUAUUUGUAUACAGUGUAACAGAUGUGAUCUAUGGUGUGAGAUUUAUAGUUGAACCGUCUGACAGGGUAGCUGUACUGGACCAGUCUGUGUUACUGAACUGCCAGGCUGAGGAUGAUACUAAUGUUGUAAUUUACAGCUGGACAUUCAAUAGUGCCUCCCUACCUGUCCAGGAAAACCUGAUAAUCUAUGGUAAUGGAUCCUUACUGAUUCAGAAAGUGACCUACGAUGAUGUUGGGGCAUACAUGUGCAUGGCCAAAGCAGGGGAGACAAUCAUGUUUAGCAGGACUGCACGGCUUGAUAUUGCAUAUAUUAACCCCACAUUCACAAUACAGCCAGUAUCCCAGAAAGCCCUGCUUGGAGACAAUAUAGUACUGUCUUGUUACAUUGAGAGUUUACCACCAGCAGAUAUUAGAUGGACUCUAGAUGGGGAAAAUAUAACAUCAGGAGAUAUAAGCCAAGAGGCUAAUGGUACCAGUACACUGACACUGUAUCCAGUGAUGUACUACCAUGUAGGAACAUACAAAUGUAUUGGAACCAAUCCUCUUACAAAUGUUUACAGAUACAGCAACGAUGCUGCACUUGAUGUUGAAGGUCAGCCAGUAUUUCUCUCUUCUCUGAAGUCAGUGUCUGUUCCACUUGGUUUCCAAGCAACAUUUGUCUGUUAUUUCCAUGGCAACCCAGAACCAGAGUUCACAUGGUUUGUCCAUCAUACAAGUAAUGGUGAUGUCAUCAGUAAUAAAAUAGAGAACUCAGACAAGUACAUGGUGUAUGAAAAUGGUACAUUCAUUAUCAAUGAUGUGACAGAAGAAGAUGAGGCAUUCUAUACAUGUACAGUUGGAAACUCGUUCGGGGACAUAUCACAGUCUGCAUUGCUUACUGUUACAGGACCACCAACUCCUCCAGAAUUUACUUUAAGACCAUCAAACAAUACAGUUGAGGAAGGGGAUUCAGUGACGUUCAUUUGUACAUGCUCUGGAAAUCCUGAACCAUCAUCUACAUGGAAAAAGGGCUUAGUUGAUGUUUCAGAGAAUGGUAGUUUAGCAAUAAGUCAAGCCCAGUCUGAAGACGCUGGCUGGUACACAUGUUUUUGUGAAAAUGAUGUUGAAUCAGUGUCACAGUCUGUGUAUCUCAAUGUUUACACUUCACCAGUAUUUACAAGUUUACCUGAAGACGUGGUAGUUAAGGCAGGAGAUCCAGUAUUCCUACAGUGUUCUGCUAGAGGAAAUCCUGCCCCUAGUGUCUCAUGGCUCACACCUAGAUUUGGAAACAUAAUUACAUCAAUAGGAGGAGUGAUAUUAUAUCAGAAUGGUAGCCUAGGUAUUCCCUCCGCUACAAUGGAUGAUACUGGGGAAUAUACCUGUCUAGCAAGCAACAUUGUCGGAAUGGUCAAAGCAACAAGCUCGGUCACAGUUGAAGUUGCCCCUGAAAUGACAUUGCUACCAUUAAGUCAAGGGGUCAAGGUUGGGUCACGGGUGUUCCUACAUUGUCAAGCCAGUGGAGUACCAGAUCCUACAUACUCCUGGUCAAAAGAUGGGGAAGGUGUGAUCACCUCAACCCCACAACGACAGAUAUAUUUAAACAACUCAUUGGUGAUACAUUCUGUGACAAAACAAGAUGAAGGUGUAUACAGAUGUCUGGCAGGAAAUGACCUUGGUGUAACACAAGCUGUUGCUACAGUCACUGUUACAGUACCACCCAGAUUUACAACUGCACCAAGGAAUAUCACAGUACAGUUAGGUAGUAGUGUACAGCUUCAGUGUAUAGCCGACGGUGAUCCUGUACCAACACAGAGAUGGACCAAAGAUGACAGACAGCUUGUUCUUGAUAACAAUAUGGAGGUAACAUUAGACCAGUCUAUGCUAACAAUCACCCAGAUAAAAGAGACACAGUUUGGGAAGUACACGUGCACUGCCUCAAACAUAGCUGGUACAGAAUCUGUCUCUGCUUGGUUGGACAUCUAUGACAUUCCAGUGUUCAGUGUAAUUCCCAGUGAUACAGUUGUGAAACAAUCUGCCAUUCUGACCUUACUGUGUCAAGGUCAGGCUAUUGAAGCACCAUCUGUGACUUGGUACAAAGGGAGGGAAGGGGAGAUGACUCAAGUGAUGAAUGACAUCAGAGUUACUGUUACUGACAGUGGAUUACUACAAAUAAAGCCAGUAGAGCAGGAGACAGAUGAAGGCUGGUACACAUGUGUAGUUGGGAAUACUGCUGGGACAAUUUCCAAGGAAGUCUUUGUUGAUGUACAAGUGCCUCCAAGAAUCCUGUCGACAAACAGCCCACAGUCAGCACCUGUCCAAUCACAGGUCACUCUCACCUGUCAGUCAGUUGGAGACCCUGUCCCAACUCUACAAUGGAUCAACCCAUCUGGUCAUGUGAUUAGCCCUGGCUCCACCUACCAGAUAAUGGACAAUGUACUUAGGAUCAUGUCUGUCAGUAAAGAGGAUGUAGGAAACUGGACAUGUAAAUACUGUAAUCUACUAGGAUGUGACUCUGCUGUUGUAAAGAUAAACCUUGAAGGUAUGCCAGCAAUCAUAUCCUUUACUGGUACCCAGGACGACUCUCUAGUGACCAUAGAAUGCACUGUGGAAGGAAAUCCGGAACCAUCUGUGACCUUCACCUCUCAAGGUCAAACUGUGGCACUUCCAGGUCAUACAGUAAAAAGUAACAGGAUAUUGAUAGAAGUUGAGUUUCUCAACACAGAAUAUAGAUGUGUAGCAGGAAAUAUACAUGGAACUACAUUUAGGACUAUAUCAGUACCUUCAAAAAUGGAUGUCCCUACUGUCUCUGAAACAAAACCAGGAACAGUAACUCUUUCAUGGAAAAUCCCAGAGGAUCUUGGUAAUCUACCUUUGACUGGAUAUGCCAUACAGAAGAAAUCUGACCUUGAUGUUACCUGGCAACCUGUACAAGUUGAAGGUCGUGACCUCUUGAAUCAAAGGUCAUUGGAAGUACCAGGGUUAGAAGCUCAUAGAGAAUAUACAUUUAGAGUGGCAGCAAGAAAUUUGCUAGGAUUAGGGGAAUACAGUGGCCAGUCAUCCAGCGUGGUUGCACAAUCGUCGGCCCCAUCACCUCCACAGAAUGUAUUGGCCUUGGAAGUUGAGCCUGGCAUUAUGUUGAUAGUGUGGAAGAAGUCAAAGCAUCUCAAUGCACCAAAAGCUGAUGUUGCGUAUGAAUACAGAAUUGUCAGACCAGCCGUAGAGAGUGAGAGAGGGUCAGAGUUUAUUCACAGGCAGGGUACUGUACUGUACAAUGAGACAUUCCAGAUUAGAGUUGAUGAUUUGACCGAGCCCGUGUCCUACAGUUUAUCGAUCUGGGCCAGGAAUAUAAAACUGAACCUAUCAAGUGAGCCAGUCAGGGUUGUUCUAGAUAACACAGGAGCUGAGUAUCUGGAACCAGAACCACAUUCAGGCAUUGAUUCAUUUGGCAGGGACAAACUUAUUGCCAUAAUAGCUGGUUCUGUUGGAGGAAUUAUUGUUGUCAUUCUCAUAGUGUGUGUGGUGUCUCGUAUCCGUACCCAGAGAAAAUCAAAGAGUCUUUCAUUACUGGACCAUACCUUGUCUCUAGAUCAGUUUUAUAUGGAAAACCCAAAAACAUUAUAUAACGAUGACAAGUAUGGAUCUAAAAGAAAAAGUGGCCAUAGUUUCUACAGUUUUGAUGAAAGUUUUCAGAGUACAAUGGGGUCCAAAGGGAAGCAUGAUGGAAGUGUAGAGUAUCUAGGAUCAAACUUAUCUAGUGAUGUACUCCUGGUAGCUAAAAAUCCACUUUAUAAAGAGACAGAAAUUCAGAAACCAGUCUCCCAUACAUCAAGCAGAGAUAAACUGUAUAAUGAGAAUAUACAGGAAACAGCUUGUUGUGGACAGAGUGAGAUAGAACUACCAGACUGUGAUAUAACUGUUGUGAAAGGUGUUGUCGAGUAUGAUGAAGGUCAAGGUCAUAUUGAAAUCAAGGCUGAUAAGAGGGUCAUGAAAACUUGUGAGUUAGAUAACAACAGUGAGCAUUUUCAGGAAGUGUCGUUAAAUGGAAACCAUGAUGAUAUUUCAGAUAUAUACAGCUCAAUGAAUGCAAACAGUUUAGAGGCAGAAAAUGCUGAUCAGUCAGCAGAACAUAUCUACACAAGUAUACACAGUGGUGAUCUCCAGUCCUCUCGUAAACAUUCAGUUCAAAUUACAAAACAGCCUCGAAAUAGAGCAGAUAACUUUGGAUCACAGGAACGGCCUCUCAGAGUGUUCUCCCCUGAGUAUGUUGCUGUAACUAUGGCAGAAGCAAAAGAUACUAAUUCAGUGGAAUUAUGUGAAGUAGAGAAUCCUUGUAGGGGCAGAAGUACAAGGUCAGCCUCUCCAGGAAGAACUGUAAAGGGCAGUGACUCUAAUGAACCUAAACCACCUGUUAGAGUUCUUUCCCUUGAUCUUCUUAAACCAUCUGUGAAAAUUGAUCUUGAAAAGGAUAGAAAAUUGAAAUUGUUGUCGGAAAGUAUGUUAAAAGAAAAAGGAAUUCCAAAAAAAAGAUUGAUAGCUAGAAAUGGAGACUUAAAUGAUGAAAACAGUAGAUUUGAAGAUAGUACCACAGAAAAGGGGAAACCAAAUGGUUUCCAUGACAGUGGUGAAGCAUCAGAUGUUGUUUACAGUGAAAUGUGCAAUGGUGAUGGUAGUAAACAUAAGAAGGGCCAUAAUGUUUCCAGUAUAAAUCCAAAGACUACAACUUCUAAUGAACUCAAACAAAAUGGUGAAACAAAUAUUCAGAAUGGACUAAAGGGAGAUAAUUCUCUGCCAGAUACAAAUCGAGAAUUUAAUCCAUACAAUGAUAAUUUUAAAUUCAAACAAAACCCCAAAAAUGUGAUAGAUGACAAUUUUUUGACAGAUGCUGAAAUAAAACAAGAAGUUUUAUCUGCUGAAUUAUAUUAAUUUGAUAAAAUGGCAGUAGUUGAGAUCCUUUACCUCUGAUUAAGGUGCAAUAUUCCCAUGAUACAGCCAGCCUUUCAUUAUUUAGCAUUUUUAGCUCACCUGAGCACAAAGUGCUCAUGGUGAGCUAUUAUGAUCAUGCUGUGUCCGUCAUGCGUGUGUCGUCAACAAUUGUGUUUAAACGACAUCUCCUCCAAAACCAGCGUCAGAAUGGAUUUUGGUGAAACUUGGCAUGAUAGCUCCUUGGAUGGGCCUCUACCAAGGUUGUUCAAACGGUUCUGCUUGGUUGCAUAUAAGGGCCGCCAGAGCUAGAAAUAGAAAAAUCUUCAAACAACAUUUCCUCCUAAACUGAUGGUCAGAUUUUCAAACAAUUUCACACAAUGGUCCUUACGUCACCCUCUACCAAGACUGACCAAAUUAUACUGAUUCGUCGAAAAACAUGGCCCCACAGGGGACUGGUCACUUUUCCCUAUGUAUAUAGUGAAAAUUAAAAAAAUCUUCUUGUGUGAAACUGCUAACUUGAUUAUAAAAUAAUUUUACACAAAUGGUCAUUGUGUGACCCUCUACCAAGAUUGUUAAAAUUAUUUUGAUUUGUCAAAAAACAUGGCUGCCGGAGAGCAUUGUCACUUUUCCAAAUAUAUAUAUUAUGGUGGAAAAUUUAAAAAUCUUCUUGUAUGAAACUGCUAGUCAGAUUUUAAAAUGAGUUCACACAAAUGGUCCAUGUGUGACCCUUUACCAAGUUUCCAAUUACUCCGAUUUGUCAAAAAAAAAAAGGCUGCCAGGGGGCGUGGUCUUUUUUCCCUAUAUGUAUAUAGUAGAAACUUCGGAAAACUUUUUGUAUAAAACUGUUAGCCCAAUUUUGAAAUAAUAUCACACAAAUUGUCCUUAUUUGACCGUCUACAAAUUUUGUUCAUUGUUAUGCAAAUCCUUCUUUUAUUGAUAAUUAUGGGUCCAAGGUUAUAUAACAUAAGUUCGGAAACCAGUCUCAAAAUGGAAGCUUGCCAUUGGUUAAUUUUAAAGUUGUGCUCAGAAACAGCCAAUCAGGGACUAGGAUUUCAAGACUGGUCUGCAUGCUCAGUUACACAAUGGUGAACCAUGAUCAUCUUUAAACAGUCUGUAAUGACAACAGUCCUAUAGACUAGCUAUAUAUUUAGAAUGGAAUAUUGUACAAUCAGCAUCUUGAUAAUAUGUAUUUUUUGUUUUAUAUGAGACUUAUGUUAUUUCUGUUAAGAUCUUAAUGUUUUUAACACAAAAUCUGACUGUAUGUCAACAUUGUUUAUCCCUAAAAUAAAUUUCGCAAUUUUUUUGAUAAAGUCAAGUACAAUGUAUCUCUGUUGCUAACAAAAUUUUUGGCUUGAAACUUGAAAUAGUUAUUUACUACCAAAGUCUACACGAAGGGAAACAAUCCCCAUAACUCUUAUUUAAAUUUUGACAUAGUUAUGCCCCUUUUUAACUUAGAAUUUUUUGGUUCAAGUUUUAUAAAGUUUUUACUGGCAAAUCUCUAAUUCUGAGUCAAGGACUGAGAAAAAUUGAGCAUGCUGUCUUACGUCUUAAGCACUUUGUUUAUUAAACCCAGUACAAAGACAGUCCUGGAAGAUCGGCUGUUAAUGAUUAAAACUGAAAACAAAAGUUUAACUGUCAUGAACCAUGAAUUAAUACCAUGCAGCAAAAAUGUGGCACAUCAGUACUGAUAAAUUAUGCCGUUUUCUGCAAAUUUGUAAAAUUUUCCGUCUCACAAAAUAAAUAUUUGCAUAUUACAUUGUUUACAAAAUUUAUUCUUAAGAAAACAUUACAGAGAAAACUGCAGAAACAGCUUAAAAGUCUCAAUUUGAAUGUUAAUAAAGAAUAAAUUUUAUUCUUCUCUAUACUAAAGGACGUUUCUAAGGUGAUGAGACUAAUUGUCUUGUUUUGAUGACAUACAGAACCAUACAUCAUUCCUUGUUGCCAUGCUGCUUGUCAUGUGGUGAAAAAGUUUUACACAUCACGAUUCUUGCUAUUCUUGUACAUAUUAUGUAUGUAGAGUUCAAAAUAAUGUACAAAAUUUUAACCCGUUUUUAGCUCACCUGUCACAUAGUGACAGGGUGAGCUUUUGUGAUCACCCUUCGUCCGUCCACAAUUGCUUGUGAACAAGAUAGAGACAACAUUUUGCAAGCAAUUUUGAUCAAACUUGUACAAAACUUGUAUUGGCAUGAUAUCUCAGUUCCUUUCAAAAACUGGCCAGAUCCCAUCAUAGGUUCUAGAGUUAUUGCCCCUUAAAGGGCCAGAAUUUGCUAUUUUUGUGCGUCAACAAUUUCUUGUCUGCACGAUAGUGGUUUCAUUUAUGAUUUUAUUUUAACCAAACUUGCACACAACUUGUAUCACCAUUAGAUCUUGGUUCCUUUCUUCAACUGGCCAGAUCCCAUUAUGAGUUCCAGAGUUAUGGCCCCUGAAGGGCCAAAAUUAGCUAUUUUGACCUUGUCUGCACAAUAGCAGCUUCAUUUAUGAUUUGAUUUUUUCCAAACUUGCACACCACUUGUAUCACCGUAAGAUCUUGGUUCCUUUCUUGAACUGGCCAGAUUCCUUCAUGGGUUCCAGAGUUAUGGCCCCUGAAAGGGCCAGAAUUAGCUAUUUUGACCUUGUCUGCACAAUAGCAGCUUCAUUUAUGAUUUGAAUUUAACCAAACUUGCACACAACUUGUGUCACCAUAAGAUCUUGGUUCCCUUCUUAACUGGCCAGAUUCCUUUAUGUGUUCCAGAGUUAUGGCCCCUGAAAGGGCCAAAAUUAGCUAUUUUGACCUUGUCUGCACAAUAGCAUCAUUUAUGAUUUGAAUUUAAUUAAACUUGCAGAAAACUUGUGUCACCAUAAGAUCUCAGUUCCUUUCUUGAACCGACCAGAUCCCAUUAUGUAUUCCAGAGUUACGGCCCCUGAAAGGGCCAAAAUUAGCUUUUUUGACCUUGUCUGCACCAUAGCAGCUUCAUUUAUGAUUUGAUUUUAAUCAAACUUGCACAAAACUUGUGUCACCAUAAGAUCUUGGUUCCUUUCUGGAACUGACCAGAUCCCGCAAUAGGUUCCAGAGUUAUGGCCUCUGAAAGGGCCAAAAUUAGCUAUUUUGACCUUGUCUGCACAAUAGCAGCUUCAUUUAUGAUUUGAUUUUAACCAAACUUGCACACAACUAGUAUCGAACCAAGAUGUUGGUUCCUUUCUUGAAAUGGUUAGAUUCCUUUUUGGGUUCCGGAGUUAUGACCCCUGAUAGGGCCAGAAUUAGCUAUUUUGACCUUGUCUGCACAAUAGCAGCUUCAUUUUUGAUUUGAAUUUAAUCAAACUUGCACAGAACUUGUGUCACCAUAAGGUCUUGGUUCCUUUCUUGAAUCAGCCAGAUCCCCUAAUGGGUUCCAGAGUUACAGCCCCUGAAAGGGCCAAAAUGAGCUAUUUUGACCUUUUCGGCUUAAUAGCAGCUUUGUUGUUCCUCACCUUUGGGCUUCAUCAGUCAAAAUGUUGCUCGAUGUAAUCCUUUGGGCAUAAAACUACUGGCCUGAUUUGAAAAUAAUUUUAUUUGAAGUAACUUCAAGAAAAUUCUAACUAUAUUUUCUCAUAAUUCUUUUGAUUGAUCUGGAUUAUGAUUCUUUGAUCUUCUUGUCCUUAAGUGCAAUAGUAACAGGUGAGCGAUAUAGGGCCAUUUUGGCCCUCGUUUUUUAUUUGCAAAUGCUGUUUGUUUACAUUAUUGUUGCACAAUAUAAACAAUUUUACAUACAAUUUUCUGUAUAAAAUAUUUUAUAUUUUAAUUGUUUUUUUUAAAUAUAUAAACUGUGAGAUUAGUUAGUGAUAUUUGUGCAAAUAGCAUAAUACUGUUUACUUAUUCAUUUAUUUCAAGUGAAAUUGGCUGCAUAUACAUUUUUGUACCAGUGAUUAUUACAAUGUACAAUUGAUGAGCUAUGAUUUAUAUAUGAUAAAGGGUAAAUUGCUA